AUGUCUAAGCCAAAUGCAAGAAGAUAUGCAUUAGAGAAAUACAAUAGAGAGAAAGAGCCAGUAAUUAGCAAUAAUUAUGGGAAUAACUUGUUUUAUUUAUCCAAACAUUUGAAGAAAGUUUACCCAAUAGAGCUUCACAAAACUUGUUCACACACAUUUAUAAAUGAUUUUUCUUCUCCAUUGGAUCAUAAAAAAAGAGAAAUUCUAGAUAACAAUAUUGUUGUUCCACAAGUUAUUCCAUGUCCUAAUGAGAAAGAGCUUAUGAGGUGUAGCUGGAUAACUAAUAGCACAGAUAAGGUUUAUGUGCAAUUCCAUGAUGAAUGCUGGGGUGUUCCAGUCUAUGAUGACCAUCAAUUGUUUGAGCUACUUUCUUUGGCUGGCUUGUUGAUGGAUUUCAACUGGACUGAAAUUUUAAAGAUAAGAGAACAAAUAAGAGAAGCCUUUGUUGGAUUCAAUGCAAAGCAAGUGGCUGAAAUGGGAGAGAAGGAGAUUAAUGAAUUGGUCUCCAAUGUGUCCCUCAUGUUGGCUGAAAAUAGAGUUAGAUCAAUAGUUGGCAAUGCCAAAUGCAUAGUCAAGAUUGGGGAGGAAUUUGGAUCUUUCAGUUGCUACAUGUGGAACCAUAUGAAUUAUAAAGCAAUAAUUAACAGAUUUAGAAAUGCAAGAAAUGUACCAUUAAGAAGUCCAAAAGCAGAAGCAAUUAGCAAAGAUUUAGUGAAGAGAGGAUUAAGGCAUGUUGGUCCAGUUGUUAUUAAUUCAUUCAUGCAAGCUGCUGGAAUGACUAUUGAUCAUUUGAUUUAUUGUUUUAGACAUAAAGAAUGUCUUAAUCUUGCUGAAAGACCUUGGAGGCAUGUUUAA